AUGGCAGAUGUGAACCUAGGCCGUGAGGCGAUGCCUCAACCACCCGGCUUCGAAAAGACCGAUGCAGCUUGGUCAAGCUACAAGCCCACAUCUUCGGCACAUGGCGGCUGGGAUGACAACGACCGUGGCAACAACCGAAGUUGGGAAAGCCAGAACGGUCAUGGUUCAGACAAGUGGAAAAACGACAAGUGGAGUGGCGGAGGAGGCGGACGUGCCAAGUGGGGGAAUUCCAACUGGUCAAAGGAUACGGAUACCUCGUCGUCUUGGUAUUCAGGUGGUUAUGGUGGCCUAGUGGGCGAGGACAAUGCCACCGUUGAAGUCCAGGAUGAGGAAGUCGAAUUUCCCCGGACAGAGAUGCUUCUGGCGCAGGAAGAUUUUGAAAGCCUCGGCGUGUGCAAGGAGGUCAUGGAAGGCAUCAACUUCCUUGGCUACGUGAAGCCUUCGGUCAUCCAGGCGCACACGCUGCCACGAAUUCUCGGCGAACCAGGUCAGGGAGGUAAAAGCCUCCAGGCGCAGGCGCAGAAUGGAUCUGGCAAGACUGCAUGCUUCAGCAUCGCUGUGCUGCAAGCGCUUGACAUCAGUGUCUUGCAGCCACAGGCGAUGGUUUUAUGUCCAACCAGAGAGCUGGCACGUCAAAACCACGACUUCAUAAACCUCAUUGGGUAUGGAAUGAAACCGAAGACUCAUCUGGUGUGUCCGGGCAUGGAGCGUGUUCCGACCGGCUCUACGAUUGACUGCCACAUCUUGAUUGGCACCCCUGGGAAGAUGAUGGACAUGUGCAAGAAGAGAUUCGUCUACGUGAAGGAGCUCAAGGUUCUGGUACUUGAUGAGGCCGAUGUGAUGCUUGAUCAGGAAAAUUUCAUGGGCACCCACGUCAUGGACGUCAGGAAGCAUCUGCCACAAGAUAUCCAGAUUCUCUUCUUCAGUGCCACAUACCCCGAUUAUGUGCAAAUCUUUGCACGGAAUCUGCUUGCGAGCAAGACGGUCAUCAAGGUCUCGAAAGAGGCGCUGACCGUGGCCACCAUCCAGCAAACAUACAAGGUUUGCGAUGAUGAGAGCGACAAGUUUCAGCAGCUGAUGAAUAUCUAUGGUGCUCUCAGCAUGGGCCAGAGUAUCGUCUUCUUCAACUCGAGAAGCAAGGCCUUCCAGAUAGCGGAGCAGCUGAAGCAGGAGGGCCGAGUUGUGUCGCUGAUUUGCGGCUCGAAGUCAAGCGGCCAAGAAGAUGGCCUGACAGUCGAAGAGCGUGAUCGGGUGAUGGGCGAGUUCCGUAGCGGCGUGACCCAGGUUCUGGUCGCGACGGACGUCCUUUGCCGCGGGAUCGAUGUGCCUCAGGUCACCCUGGUGGUGAACUACGAGAUGCCGCUCACGCGAAACUGGACUGUCGCCAUGGAUACGUACCUGCAUCGAAUUGGAAGGACUGGCCGGUUCGGCCUGAAAGGCGUCGCGGUGAGCCUCGUCACGACGGAUGAGAUCAAGCACGUGCAGGAGGUCAUGGAGCACUACCAGUGCAAAGUCCAGGAGAUCGACUACGACUGGGAGGAGUUUCAGGAGAAGCUCAGUGUUUUGCGUGUGCAAGAAGAGCCGGAUGGGGAGUGA